CUGCUUCUCGGUCUUCGCGCGGCCCUCGUCCGUGCCGCACGGCGCGGGCUACGAGCUGCUCAUCCAGAAGUUCCUCAGCCUGUACGGCGAUCAGAUCGACAUGCACCGCAAAUUCGUGGUGCAGCUCUUCGCGGAAGAGUGGGGCCAGUACGUGGACUUGCCCAAGGGCUUCGCCGUGAGCGAGCGCUGCAAGGUGCGCCUCGUGCCGCUGCAGAUUCAGCUCACUACCCUGGGAAAUCUUACAGCUUCCAGCACUGUGUUUUUUUGCUGUGACAUGCAGGAAAGAUUCAGACCAGCCAUCAAGUACUUUGGAGAUAUUAUUAGUGUGGGACAAAGAUUGUUACAAGGAGCCCGGAUUUUAGGAAUUCCAGUUAUUGUAACAGAACAGUACCCUAAAGGUCUUGGAAGCACUGUUCAAGAAAUUGAUUUAACAGGUGUAAAAUUGGUACUUCCAAAGACCAAGUUUUCCAUGGUCUUACCAGAGGUUGAGGCGGCAUUAGCAGAGAUCCCUGGAGUUAGGAGUGUUGUGUUAUUUGGAGUAGAAACUCAUGUGUGUAUUCAGCAAACUGCCUUGGAGCUGGUUGGCCGAGGUAUAGAGGUUCAUAUUGUUGCUGAUGCCACCUCAUCCAGAAGCAUGAUGGACAGGAUGUUUGCUCUUGAGCGUCUUGCUCGAACUGGGAUCAUAGUGACUACGAGUGAGGCAGUUCUUCUACAGCUGGUGGCUGAUAAAGACCAUCCAAAAUUCAAGGAAAUUCAGAAUCUAAUUAAGGCGAGUGCUCCAGAGUCGGGUCUGCUUUCCAAAGUAUAGGAGAUCUGAAGGACUGGUAUGCUGUCACCAUCAAGCAGCAGAACUGUCAGCUCAGACAAGCUCCUGUCUCAACUAGAAUUAAAAAGUUAAGUUAAAAAUUGGCUCCUUUUUUGCGCCUCCUAGUGAAACAUAACAGUUAGAAACAUCAAAGGCUUCAGGUGCUGCUUAACCUUUUUUUGUUAAUGUGCUUUUAAUUAUUAAAAAUAAUUACAAUGGAGGUGCCUGUUUUGUCUCUAUGUAUUUACUGACCAUAACUUUCUAAGUGCACACUCUUGUGAAGUGUUCUGAAAUUGUGCUGUGCACUUUAAAGAAAAAAAAUGUACCCAUAAUAUAAUGGUUUGACUUUUGUAUUAUUGUACAAUGUAUGUUACAAUGUUAAUGUAGAUUCAAUGCUUUCCCUUUACAGGUUGUUUGAAAUAGGAUUCUUCUGUGGGAAUUUGAAAUAAGAUUCUGGCUUGUUACCCCCUUCCUUAAACAUGCAAUCAAUUUACUUGAUUGAGUGAAUUGCAUUGAUAUAACCGGAGAAAAUUAAGUUGAAUAAUCGUACAUCUUUUUUUGAUUAUGCUAAUAUUCUUAUUCUAGUCAUCAUUACUAAUUAUCUGUGAACAGUCUCUCUUUUAGUGGAAUCUUUUACCUAGAGACUCCUUGAGUCAUUGCUUAACUUAAUUUGUAAACAGGUGGGAUGAUUUGCAAUGCCAUAUAAUCAGUGGAGGCUGCUGUCUUAAAAUCUUGAAAGUAUGCCUUCAACUGAAUAUCUUAACAUCAUCUGGAAUUAAAUUUUCGCAAAAAAGAUAAAGGCUGGAUAAAAUGUCGUUUUCAAAUGUCCACCUGUGGUACUUUCUCCAUCUUCCCUCUACUUAUUCUUAAUGCAAAAGGGCAUCAGUAAAUGAUUUGGAAUAUUAAUUUUGUAGUCAUUGCUAUUCUUCAAUAAAUUUAUUUUCAUUACUUAUUAGAUGAUUUUAAAACAUUUUUAA